AUGGAUUUGAAUCUUUAUUUUCAAGUGUCUAUUCCUCCAGCACUUACUGAUGAAAGUAAUGCGGAUGCAAAGAUUCUCUAUGAAAGAUGGAAGAGAUCUAAUAUAUUGUUUUUAUCAUUCAUAUUACAACAUGUGCCUAAAAAUAUUAGAGGUCAUGUGACUUCUAAUACUCUAGUAACCAUUUACAUGAAAAUGAUUGAAUAAUUUAUUAGGUCUAACAAAGAUAAAGCAGGUGUCUUGAUUCAAAAGUUUACUUUUAUGUGCUAUAUAGUGAAAGAAAAUAUACGAGAGUACAUCAUAGCUAUACGUGACAUUGCAGAAAAAUGAAAUGAUAUGAAUAUUACUAUUCCUAAGAUCUUUUCGGUCCAUUACAUCUUGCAGAUACUACCAAUAAAAUAUGACCUUUUUAAGAUCUCCUAUUACACACAUAAGGAUGAAUGGUCAAUGAUUGAUCUCAUGAUCUAG